AUGGCUUCGCCGUCGGCUGCGGCAAGCUCAGGCGUGGCGGUUCGUCGCUGGACUCCGCCGCCUGUGCCUGUGGCGGAAGGGCUGGCAGGUCAUGAUGGCGGUGCUGGCAGUGCUGGGGAUGAUGACGAUGGUGAAAGUGUAGCAAGUGCUGGGUGUGGACAAGAUGGGGCAGAACUGGCAGAACUGGCAGAGCUGCUGCGGAUCGAGGGGGACUUGGCCGAGUCUGUGGCGGUCCUGCUCGGGCGCGUGCCGACGUCAACGGUGGAGCUGGUUCACGGGCCGUGGCACGACGUAGUGGCUGGAUGCGAGCUUCUCGACUGGCUCGUUGAGAACGGACCGGCGGCGCUGGGUUGGGACGAUGGCACGAUGUGGAAUCGGGCGCUGGCGUACAAGGCAGCGUGUGCUCUGGCUGGUGCUGGCUGUAUUGUCCACGCGUCGGGCCGUCGGCGCUUUGCCGACGCUCGCUACUACUACCGGCUGGAGCCCCGUGCGCUGGCAAAAGGCAUCAGACAAGCAGCGCAGAGCCAGGACUCGCCGCCUGUGCUGGGCGCCAGCGAGCUGGGUGCACUGUGCGCUCGGAUGGCGGAUGGUGGCAUCGAGCUCGGGAGCCACAGCUACCAUCUAACACGGUACACCGAUUCGUUUACAGGCGCCGAGGCCGCCUCGUGGCUCAUGGCCCAGCUGGGAUGCUCACGCCACAACGCGCAGUCUGUAGGGGCCGCCAUGCUCCGCGCAGGGCUCAUCCGGCAUGUCAACAACGCGCAGCUGUUCUCGGACCAGCCGUCGUUUGUCUCACCUGCGGUGGCAUCAGCCUCCCGCGGACGCCGAGUGUAUCCGUGUCCGUACUGCGCGUGGAAGGCGUUUGCCACGGCGGUCAGCCGCGAGGCCGUCCUCGAGCACAUUGCGCUCUGCCGCAAGGUCGCCGACCAGGUCCUUGCUUCCCACCGCCCGCGCACCGGCUCGGCGUAG